GAAUGUUGCCGUUCAAGUUAGUGAAAUUAGUUUCUAUAAUAUUUAGAGGAAUAUCUUGGCUCGGAUGUAUCACUGAGAGAGGAGAGAGAGUUAUGGACUCUUGUGAGCUGUUAUAAUUCCAUAAAACUUCAUAAAAGCUUAUUAUACUGAACAUUAUCUGCUGAGUUAUGAGUUCAUUACCACCUAUACGAGAAGACAGGAUCAUCCAUGAGCUCCCGCUGUAUUUUACGCGAGACGCCGCAGUUCACACCAAACCCGACUUCCAUGUUACUGUGCAAAAUGCAUGUGAGAGGUCAGACCCACUGAGAUUCACUGUAGCCAAGGUCAUAGUGGUGGGCGAUGUCGCUGUGGGGAAAACAAGUUUGAUCAACAGGUUUUGCAGGGGAACUUAUGAGAAAGGCUACAAAGCCACCAUCGGAGUGGACUUUGAGAUGGAGAGGUUUGAAAUCCUGGGAGUGCCCUUCGGUCUGCAGCUGUGGGAUACUGCAGGUCAGGAGAGGUUUAAAUGUGUUGCUUCCACCUACUACAGAGGAGCUCAAGCCAUCAUCGUGGUGUUUGACUUAAGCAACUACUAUUCCCUGGACCAUGCAAGGCAGUGGCUGGAAGAUGCCAUGAUAGACAACGAUCCUUCCAGCGUGCUGCUCUUCCUCGUAGGGACGAAGAAAGACUUGAGUCAUCCAGAUGUGGUGGCUAAAAUGGAGCAAGAAGCCAUUAAGUUAUCAGAGGAGAUAAGAGCCGAGUACUGGGCCGUGUCCUCUCUCUCAGGAGAGAGUGUGAGGGAUUUCUUUCUCCGGGUUGCAUCGCUGACCUUUGAGGCCCGCGUUUUAGCUGAACUGGAGAGGAAUAAUAAUAAACAAGCAGACGGUAUUGUUAAAAUCACGGAUCAUGAUGACAAAACAGUGAGGAAGAAGCCGGCAAACUGCUGUAACUAAGGCAGCUAAGAAGCAGGAUUCGUGUGUGCAUGAACAUCUCAGGACGGACACAGAGACCAAGAUCACCACAGAACAGACUCAAUCUCCAGCUCUGUAGAACCGCGUGACCUUGUUGAGCUGCUAAUCCUGAAACUGCAGACUACGAGCAAAGAUUCAGGCAUUCUUUUCCACAACAAAGGACUAGUGGCGAGAAAAUCUCCUGAAGUAUUUUGCCGAGUUGUGCCACAUCACAGCGUUGAUCACUGUCGGAAAAUUUUAAGUUGCGUUAUUUAAUAUAAAGCAGCUGUGUCAUUUGACUUGAUAUUAUAUAUACACCAGUCAGGCAUAACAUUAUGACCACCUGCCUAAUAUUGUGUUCGUCUACCUUACUGCUGCCAAAACAGCCCUGACCAGUCAAGGCAUAACUUUACUAGAUCCCUGAAGGUGUGCUUUGGUAUCUGGAUCACCAAAAUGUUAGCAGCAGAUCCUUUAAGUCAGGACUUACAGGAUACUUUUGAUAGAUACUGACCACUGCAGACCGGGAACACCCCACAAGAGCUGCAGUUUUGGAGAUGCUCUGAUCCAGUGGUCUAGCCAUCACAAUUUGGCCCUUUUGGUCAAACUCACUCAAAUCCUUACGCUUGUCCAUUUUUACUGCUUCUAACAUCAACUUUAUUUACUAAAUGCAUGUUGCUUGUCACUGGUUUUUAAACAUUUAUUUAUUUUUUUACUUCUUAUACUGUCAGGUUCUUCUAUUCAUCAGAUUCCUUUCCAUUCAGGAUAAGCAGUUACAUUUAUGUACACUGGUUUUCAUUAGGGGCAAAGUUAAACAAAUAAAUUCUGAUAAUCAGAGUAUGUGAAUGCAGAGAAGACAUUAAACAUCAUCGUUCUUCUUAAAGGCCCUCUGAGGAUUUUGCUCUCUUGAGUAAAGUCUUUGUUUUCUUCACCACAUCAUGUGUUUCUCUGUCUAAUACGAGACACGCGCUAGAACCCGUGACCAGAAACGGCAGAUCCUCGAGCUGGAUUCUUCAGCAUGAACAUAAUGGAGAGAUUAUUCCUCAGGACUUAGAAUAACAACAAUACAGUGACACUGACACCAAAUAGUCUGCAAGUUUGAUCGUAAUUGUGACAUGAAUGUGAUAUGGAUGGUGAUAGAAGCAAUCAUAUAUAACUAUGAGAUUUUAAAAGUUAAAAAUUAUACAUAUUGAAGGCUGCUGUUUUUUGGUUACAUCUGAUUCUUUGUCAUAAAAUGGUGAAUAAUUAAGAACAAAGCAUUUAGGUAGAAAUCUAUCACAACAGUCAAGUGCAGUAGUAAUAAAAAAAGUCAACACAGUCGUGUCUUCUGAAAUGUCCCUAAAAAGCUUGUUUCUUGUUACAAAAAAAAAGUUGUCAUCAUGAUUAUAUAUAUAUAUAUAUAUAUACACACACCGAUCAGGUAUAUCAUUAUGACCACUGCCAGGUGAAGUGAAUAAGACUGAUGAUCUCCUCAUCAUGGCCCCUGUUAGUGGGUGGGAUAUAUUAGGCAGCAAGUCAACAUUUUGUCCUCAAAGUUGAUGUUAGAAGCAGGAAAAAUGGACAAGUGUAAGGAUUUGAGCGAGUUUGACCAAAAGGACCAAAUUGUGAUGGCUAGACCACUGGAUCAGAGCGUCUCCAAAACUGCAGCUCUUGUGGGGUGUUCCCGGUCUGCAGUGGUCAGUAUCUAUCAAAAGUGGUCCAAGGAAGGAACAGUGGUGAACCGAUGACAGGGUCAUGGACGGCCGAGGCUCAUUGACGCACGUGGGGAGAGAAGGCUGGCCCGUGUGAUCCGAUCCAACAGACGAGCUACUGUUGCUCAAACUGCUGAAGGAGUUAAUGCUGGUUCUGACAGAAAGGGGUCAGAAUACACAGUGCAGGAGAGUUUGUUGCAUAUGGGGCCGCAUAGCUGCAGACCGGUCAGAGUACAGAGCAAUGGAAGAAGGUGUCCUGCUCUGAUGAAUCAUGUGUGCGUCUCUUACCUGGGGAACACAUGGUACCAGGAUGCACUAUGAGUCUGUGCCUGGACAGGUCAGGGCUGUUUUGGCAGCAAAAGGGGGACCAACACAAUAUUAGUUAUAAUGUUAUGGCUGUUCGGUGAUGGAUGGGCACUAGCAGGUGACCAGAUUGAAGUUAUAUAUACGAAGUUAUAAGUUGUCUUAUAAAAUUGCAUUUAGUUUUAAACAGGCUUUUCCUCCAAAAUCACUCUGCACCAGGAAUGCCAGUGUCUAGAUUACUGAAAUUAUACAGGAAUUUUAUCAGAAUUGGGUUCAUGAUAAAACCGGAAAAUGUUUUUAUAACAGUGUAUGGAAUAUAAGUGAUUAAACUGUCUGUGAACGAUAUUCCGACAGUGUGUGUUCACAGCUAAAUAAAUUCUAA